AUAAUAGGCAUGAUGGUCAUCAAAUUAGAAGGCGCAUGGUGGUUGGAGCUUGAGAGUUGAGAGUUGAGAGACCACCCACCAAGGUUGCUUUUUCCAGAAUAUCCUCUUUUCAGAUCUCUCUCCUUUCCUUCCCCUGAAUGCAAUUCAUCUUUAAUUUUGAAGAGCAUUCUCGAAUCUGGGUGUGGGUAAUGGAAGCUUUCACCGCUGAAGAUCUGUCCAAGAUCGGGGGAAUCGCCACCGUUUCGCUUCUCCACUCCUUCAUCCCCACCCAUUGGCUCCCUUUUUCCAUCGUUGGCCGCGCCCAGAAAUGGACUCUCUCCAAGACACUUUUCGUCACUGCAUUUGGAGCCAUUUUGCAUGUGAUAUCCACUUCGCUUCUUGGUGUAACAGCAAUCACCAUGGCAAACAGUAUUGCUGGGGAGGAAACAGUCCAUAAACUUGCUUCACUGUUGCUCGUAAUUCUUGGUGGUAGUUAUAUUUUGUUGUUUUUGGCUGGAAAAGGUGGUCACAGUCAUUCACACAACCAACCAAUGGAGAAAAUGGCUGUUGCUGGACUUGUUCUUGUUCCAGCCUUGUCCCCUUGUGCAACUACACUUCCAGUGUUUCUUGCAGUUGGGAAUUCUUCCUCCAUGAUGGUGCUUGCUAUUAUAGUGCUGCUUUUCAGCACCAUUACUGUGAUGACCUCACUGGUGGCUCUCUCAUUCUACGGUGCCAGCCAGCUCAAGUUUCACUGGGUGGAGCGGUACGACAAGCUUCUUGUGGGUUCAGUGCUAUGUUUGGUAGGAGUCCUGACCCUUAUUUUCCACGAUCAUGAUCAUGAUGGACAUGGAAGCUCCACUGCUGGGCAGUUGAAUAGGAAACUGAUUGUUCUUUGAGGAUUCUUGUUAACUCAGCAGGAUGUGUUUUGGGAAAGUUAACAGUUAGGGUAUAUAUCUAUAUGAUGGUGCUAAAAGAGAAUGAAAAUGUAAAACUGGUGUUCCUUGUGCCAUUAAGGGAUGUUUCGAUCUCAAUUGUACUUGCAGAUUCAUAUGACAAUCCUUACUGUAUUCGUUUCUGACACUCUUUCCUUCGAUCUACCACUCGCUACUUUUAUUAUC